AUGGUCGACAAACGAAAACGUGCUGGCUCGGAUGCAGCUGCGUCAGUACUCCGCGAUUCAGAUGCAUCAGACGAUGAGCAAAACGUCGAGCAACCUGACGCCGAGCACGCUGAUAAGCAGAACAAGGCGCUAGAACCUUUCUCUGACGGUACUGAGCUCUACGAAGCUCUCAAGACGCCCUCGGCAGAUCUUUUGCGCCUUUUGCUGUCUCGACUUCGACAUCAGACUACCCUUACCUUUGCCGAAAACACCCAGAGAUCCACCAUCCCCGCCAGCGACAAGAGGAUACAGCUCGUCAGAGACUACUGUCAGCUUUGCGAAUCGCAAGCUUCGAAUUCUGUGCCAUCAACAUCAGCCGCAACCUCAAUCCUUCUGACAUGGCAACUCGCAGAUCGCCAGGAUCUCCCUACUUUGCUUCACCUCCCUAUUUUCUGUCUCGCACAGUCACUCGCGCUCCUCUCGAUCCACUAUCCCACCCAUGCACUCGGCUCCAACAUCAUCGAGCGCAUCCUCUCACCAAAUGAGCCUUGGCUGGCCAUGAUGCAAACUUACAUAUCUAACCUGGGUGGUGCCAAGUUUUCAUCCUCCAAGCAGCGCGACCCUCGCUCCAAAGGUUCCGAUGUUGCUGCUCUCGCAUCGCUCGUCUUGCUCCGCGAGAUCACCCUCUUUGCCAAGGGCCGCCAUGCCGCGCAGCUCUUCGAUUCUUUCAACUGGUCAAUGAAAGUGCUUCCUCAUAUCUUCAACAUGCGUCGAAGGAUUCACCGAAAAUCAAAAACAUCAAAGAAGGCACAAGUUGCACAAGAUGUCUCUCUGCGUCGUCCCGAUAUCCGCACUCUCUACAUUCUAUUCCUUCUCUCCUUUCUGCAGCAGAGCUUCUCGCAUGCACCGAAACUUCGUCUCUUGGAGCUUGGUCGAGAUUUCUUGCCUGCUAUCCUCAAAGGACUUCCACAAGAUCCUCCAGACGUCGUUCAGACUAUCCUUCUCCACCUUCACGAGGACCUCAUCAAGGACACCAAAAUUCCACGCAGCAAAAAGGUCGAAUUUUGGAACGAAUGGGCGUGUGGCUGUGUAGUGCAGCUCUACUCGCGCGAGGAGGAGCAUGUCCUCAUCCACGCAGAUACCCAAGCUGUUGAGAACCCUUCGGUGGCCGAGCUUGCACAUCACUUUCUCCUCAGCAUAUGCACCAACCCCGGAUUCGGUAUCUGCUAUCCAGAUCGAGGAUGGUAUCCGCGCAAAGCUACUGGUAGAUCAGAUGCCGAAGACAUCCUAAGCCAGGCACAGAAUCACACCUUGCUUGAUGGCAUCAGUCAGGAUGACUUUGCUGCACAAGCUGACGAUGCACAAAAGGGCAAACAAGUCCGCAGCGGAUCGAUUUACAACAAGGUCCUUUCAGGCGUCAUCCGUCAGCUUGCUGUAGCAGAGGAUCUGCGUCAGCAAGAAUUGGCGCUCAACAUUCUUACAGCUUGUCCCGAGCUCGUUGGUCCCUACCUCGAAAGCUCCUGCGCUGGACUGAGCGUCGAUCCGAGACCGAGUUCACGCUGGCUUUGCAACAUCGCCUUUUUUGGCCGCGUUGUCGGUCUAGAGCUCCCUUCCUUCCGCAAUGCUAAGGUCGAGCAUCUCGAAACAUCUCACGACCCAGUAGCUGGAGCUCUCGUGCCACCAUCGCAUCGCAUGUUUGCAUCCGAGCCGCCGCCCAUGUCGAGCAUUCUUGCCAACAUCCUUCCAGGACCAUUCCACCGCUCCCUUUUCAGUGCAGGUCUCACUCAUACGGAUAAGCUUGUACAAUAUUCAAGCUGCGCGCUCUUGUCUCGCUGCCUCGAUCGCAUGGUUCGCUUCCGCAAUAUUUGCAUCAAUGCGGUCUCUGAGCUGGAUGAAGACGACAACGGGCCUUGGAGAAAAUGCCUCGAAGCUCUUGAAACGGAGGCACGCAAGCGUAUUCCUGACACUUCUAUCGUCGUCCAGAUUAUUCAAGUUGCUACCUCCCGGUCGAGCGUCAAUGGGCAACCGAAUGACAAUGAACAACACGUCGUCUCGCACGACCCUACUUCGAAUGCCGCAUCACAGAAGGAGAAAAUGAUCUCCACCGAAGCAGCCCUGAGACUUCUCUCGCUGUAUUACCAAGCCGUGCCGAGCUCUGCCUUCGACGUUCGCUUCAACGCUGGAAAGCUUUUGACAAACGCUUUCAUACGCUCCUCAGCAUUGCCCUCUGCUCAACUGCAGGGACAAGGUAGAGUGAGGGGUCAUGCUACGACUGACACGGCCGACGGAGAGGCCCAAACAUCAGCAGCGGAAAACAGCGAUGACGAAGGAGGUGAAGAUGACGAGGAUACUGGUGAAGUUAACUUGGAAGCUCUAUGCCAGGUGCACACUCUACGCAUCCUCUCUCACUCUGCCAGGGCGGCGUCUUUCGACUGGACUGCCAAGCCUGCUGGUUCAAGCGACAACCUCAGCUAUCUCGGACUCCUUCUCACCCUCUUCGUCUCUACGCCACUCGACCAAGUGAAGCAGGCGUGCGAGGAGCUGCUUCGCUCACUUCUCGCUUCUUCGUCCUUCUUCGAGCAUCACCCUCCCGAAAUUGAUGCAUGGCUUGCAAGUUUGCCGCAAUUCGACGCUCUCGCAACUAAGAAUGAAGAACAGCAGGCACGCGGUGUCAGCUCUCACGCUUCCAGUCCCUUCCUCUCUGCAGAACAACACUCGGUCAUCUCUUUCUUGGAUGAAUGUAUGCUCCGAUGUGCAAAGACGCCCUACCGCUAUGUCGAGGCAGCUCGUCAAUUUAUGCAACAGCAUGGCGAGGUGGACGACACCUUGGCUGGCUACCCUGGCUACCCUGGCUACCCUUCUAAGAAUGCCUCCGCAAAUUUGCUUGGCUCUCCCUGGCUCAUGGCGAUUUUCGAGCAAUUCACCAUCCGCGUGGAGAAGCAAUUGUUUGACACUAGUGACGGUACAGUGGAGGCGCUUCUGGCGUUUUUUGUUCGUCUGCUACCAACCCUGUGUGCUUAUAGUCGGCAGACUUCUGCUCUCGAGGCAAUGGCUGUCAAGGUUGUAGACACUUUCAAAUUAAGCCCAAAGUAUGCCUCAUCAACCUUUCUGUCAUCGGUGAUUCUCAGCAAGAUCCGUAGCAUCUGCAUUGCCCCCGAGGCCGAUGCGAAUACAAGCAAGACGAAACGUUCGACGUCCGCUCAUACACCCUUGGUCCUCGAUGUAUCCACACCUGGAGAUCUCACUACACGUCUACGAAGCGCAGAGAGACCUUUAUCUGUGGCCCAGGUUCUCCAAGUGUACCGAACGAUCCAAGGGCUGCACGAUCGUGGCUUCGCGUGCGUAUCUCAAAUUCUCGAAGAGCUCGAUCCGAUGUCAGAGAACAUCAUCGCGGCUGCUUUCCAGGGAGCAGCAGAAAUAGCGAUCGGCACCGUUCCUUUGCUUCACCUUCCUCUCAGCGCCACUUUUGUCGAACCUGUUCAGGACGAUUUUAUGCUGAGCGCAAGGGAUGGCGACGCCGAAAACCAGAGUAUGUUGGUGCCCUGGAACGCAAGGGAGCAAACAAGGCUUGCUGUCUGGGCCGCCUUCUUCCGUUCGCAAAGCAAGCAAGACGAUAAACAGUUGCUGCCUCACGUGGUUUCGCUUCUCUCGCUUGCUGAUGUCUCCGGCUAUCUCUCGCACGAAGAUGCCAAGCACUUCUUUUUCGCCGAGGCCAUCUCCGCCAUCCAUCCCACCAAACAUGCUCAAGUUGCGUCAGGUGCUCUGUUGUCAAUCAGCAAACUUGUUGUUAGGCACUUGGACCCGAGCCGCAGUGAACACGUCCAAAUGGUCUCGUCAUUGUUCCGCCAAGUCGGACAAGUUGAAGCCUCUAAUGGUGACUUUUUCCGAUCCAUGACCAACUUGGCUCCCUUCUUGCCAGAUAACGAUGCUUUCGAACUGAUAGACGUGUGCACUCGUAUGCUCGAGACUCACGAAGCAGAAGCAACUGUGAGCCUCUUGGCUUCGGAGACUUUCGCUGUUUUGGUUGCUUCUUUGGAUCCGACAUCUGUAGUCUGGCCGAAGGUGAUAUCGCGACUGCCAUCCAUUGUCGAGGCAGCCUUGCAACCUAGGCAAGAUGGAGGCCGACAAAGUAAACACUAUGACGAAGUUGCAAGCCGACAGCGUUUGCUCUUUUGCGUCAUACAAUCAAUCUUGCAGCAUUCUCAUCGACAUGCAACGUCUUCAUACAUGCAAAUCCUUGCUCUAGCAGAUUUCAGCAAGCUUGCUCAAACGAGUAUCACUUCUCCUGCCAUGGAUGGCGCCCUGGUGGCCGCAAUCCACGCCCAUCCGGCGCUGGCUUUGUCUAUCUCUGCCGCAGUACGUUCCAUCCUGGCUACGGAUGGCCCCAAUCGUGAAGGUGCUCUUAGGACCAUACCGCGCACGCUGCUGACCCUAAUGUCAGCGCUUCUCGAACAAGGUGCGCCAGCACUGGAUGGACAAGAAUGGACUCAGGCACACGUUGAACCGGUAGCCCAGCUCGCUGCUGCUGCCAUCAUAGACGGUGAAGAAACCGCCGGAACAUCACAUGAGCUCGCUGCUUGCCUUAUCGUCAGCCUGCGAUGCGCUCACAAGUUUGGAUGGGAGCAGGUGCAGGCUGAAAUAGGCAACAAGUUCUUGGCGUUCGUUGUUAGCUCUGCCAAAAGUUCCCCCUUCAAAGCUUUCCAACGUCCUCUAAUUGAGGUGUUGCUUGGCCUGAUAGAGGAGAUUCCAGAUUUUUCCCGUCUAUCCGGAAUUUUGCAGUCUACAGUCGAUGCCGCUUUGCUCUGGCUUGUUCGACGAUUUGCGGAAGAUAGCAAUGACUCGAGUGACCUGGUGCAGACGAUCACUCUAUUCACCUCUCUGGUGGAAUGCCUUGAUGACGACACCUCGCCAAGUACGCAACUGAAAAAAUCGCUGGUUGAUCCGGUCGUUCAAGCAGCCAUCAAGAAUCGAUUAUGCGCUGUAGACCAAAUGCGACUUGUUCUGGAACUCUGCAAGCACACCGAUCUCGAGCCAUCACAUGUUUCGCGCUACCUCGGUGCUUUAACCGCCCAUUCUGACUUCACCUCUAUAAUGCGCGGAUCUGCCGCCAUUCAACAACCCAUCCCUCCCGGCCAGGGUUCCAGCGAUGCCGAAGAAGAUGAUCCACCUGAAUCGAGUAAACAGGAAGCGUCGGAACAGUUAAAGCAACUCACAGUGGAGCUAGUCUACACCGUCGCCAGCCGCGACGCUAGAACACUGCUUCGUGCGCCACUCUUGACAAAGCUCAUGUCGUUCUACGGUGCGACGCUGUCCAAGUCAGACCGUAUGCUGCUCGCGUUGUUUCGGCGCUUUGAGGAAGAAUGCGGGCAGUCGUUCAUGUGCCUUGUCCAGGGCUGGAAGCUGCCCGCUUCCUCGAGGGAAUUUGUCAACAGUGCGACGGAGGGUGGUCAGUCUACAUUGGAGGCAUUGCGGUCGCUCGAUGCAAACAUCGUCUUAGCGACCUGCACUGAAUACCCUCGCUCUCUCUCUUUACACAACACGAUCAGCUACGGCUAUGAGGGCGACGCUGUUGAUGCUCGCUCUCCAAGACAGGUCUAUGGAAGUCACACCAAUCCGGCUCAACGCUAUGACCCCGUGUUUGUCCUUUCGCUCCUUGCCGGUGUCACUGCGCCGGGGAUCAAGCUGAGUGGCUUGGAGUGGCUUACGGUGUUUGGCACAAAUGCACCUGGCCUGCUGGUGUGCGGACUUUCAUCUCGCUGCAAUGAUAUGCGACGAGCCUGUCUGACACUUGUCUCGAAUCUCUACCUCGCUAUCCAAGAAGCCGAGUUUCAAGAAAAGGAUCAUCUGAUUAUGGUGUUCGAUCUUGUCCGCGACGCUCUCGACUCGACACUCGCCAUUCGCGACUCGUCUUGUUCGGAAGAAAUGGCUGCUGCAUCCGACACGGCUUACCUUCCCAUCACGACGACCCUCUUCAUCGCACACGCGCUGCGAUCAGUUGUAACGCCCAGAUCCUUUAUUUACCCGGUGAUCUCACAUUUUCUUCUGCAACGACCCGAGCUCGAUGUGGGAGAUGUGCCUCUGCUCUACAACCUGCUUUACACAGCAUCGGACAAGUACAAGCAGGAACGCAUGUGGAUGCUUCGUUUCCUUCGCGAUGUCGCACGUUCGGGUGGCAGGAGCGAUUGGAAAAUCUUCAAGCGUCGACGCACUUGGGAGCUGUUGGCUUCGCUGUACGACGGCUGUGAUGGUGCAAUGUCGGGUGCUAGUAUGAGCUCGGAUAGGGUGUUGGAGGAGACCUCGAUGCGUGCAUUGAUCGAGGACACGACGACUUGGUUAGUGAGAAACGCCGAUGUGGCGAUCGAGCUUGUUACGCGGAGAGGCUUGUUGACGUGGAUGUGGCAGCAGGCAGUGCGCGAAGGUGUGGUUGCCUUGGCUGAAUAUCACAGUGGUGGCCGGGAUAACAAGUCGACAGAUACAACAUCAGUCGAAGCGACCGCAACGUCCACAUCGACACUUCGGAGCAUCUGGAUCUUACUACUCGCCCGACUCAUCCGCAGCAUCGACCUGGACCGUCUGCAUCGAGCUACCGACGCUUCCUGGCUCGCACCCACUAUCACGCUCACGUCGACAACGAUCAAGGCACUUCACACGUGCGCCACAUCUCCGUCUGCCGCCCACACGAACCGUAACCUUCCCGGAGUAUCGACGGAUCUCAUUCGCACCAUCUCGUAUGCGGCGACGACGGUGGUGGAGAAUGUGCUGUUGUUCGCAGAUGAACCAGCGAUGGGUAUGUGGAAGAACAAGAUUGUCGAAAUUUUGCACAUGCUCAUGGAUCUGGUAGACAACGCGUUCGCAUUGGCGUUGGCGUCCGAAACGGAUGACCGUGUUUGGCAAGAUUGCUGCGUGCGCGUCCAGCGAUGUGCGCUUGCUCUAGCUGCCGCUUCGGCCGACGCCGAGCAGUCGGCUGCAGCGACGCAGGAUUACCAAAAGUCUCUGGCUCUAUUGGUGCGAAGAUCGACUAUCUUGUGUCGACGCAUCGAUGUUGACACGUCUCAACUGGUACUUGCCAACCUUUUCUCCACCUCGGCAUCAGCAUGA